AAGAAAAAAGUUUCUUCCGCGAUCGUUAAUUUCAAAUUUUACAGAGCUGUUUAAGUUCUUUUAGUCUUCUUUAUGAUGAUUGUUAAUUACGUUUGAGUGAUGAGUGCAUUUUGUGUAAGGUUCUGGAGAAACACGAGCAGAAAGAGACUGAUAUAGUGUUUUGCAAGCUAAACGUUUUGAGGUUAGGUUUUCCGCCAUGAGUGAUUCGGAGGAUCAGCUCAUCCUCGACGACAUCCGAGCCUUGGAAGAUGCCUUAUCCCGGAAAACUGAAUCACACCAGAUUUCCGAAGUUUCAUUUAAGAAAGAAACUAAUCCUCCCACCGUUCAUCAUCCACGAAAAAUUGAAAUCGAUUUACCAAUCUCCGAAUCUGUCCCAAUUAACGACCAGCAAACCAUCGAAAACACCGUCGAAUCUUCCUUUGAUCCUGCCGAGGCCUUGGAACUUAAUCAAAAACUAAUUGAACGUCUCAUCGCGACACGGAGCGAAGUCGCCGAAAUUCUUGAAGAAUGCAAAAGAAAAAGGGGAGUUGUCAGCAUCAAAAUUAAGCAGCGUUUAAGACAACUGCCCAAUCCGAAAAUAUUAUCCUCGCAUGCUGGCAUGCCGUACUUCAAGGACAAAGAUUUUUUCACGGCUCCUGCGAAUGAAGACACAAAAUUGAAGGAAGCUCGAGGACAGCUGCAAAUAAUCCACCUUCGACGCGUGUCUCGCUGGACAGUGAAAGAUAAGGAGACUCUUUUGAAAGCUAUUCACCACGAGGUUGUUGCCGGAUUGAAAGAUCUUGACGAAGAAGAGGUGGAUGCGGUUGAGAAAAUGACUCUGGGCAAGAGUCACUCUUUGCCAGCUGUUGUUACAGAUGCGAUUGGACGUCUUGGCAAAAGGGAAUUUGAUUGGAUGAAAAUUGCCGUGAUUGAUUUUCAAAAUAAACAUUCCCCGGAAGAAUGUCGCGUCAUGUGGAACGUUUUUUUACAUCCUGAUAUCAAUAAGUUUAAGUGGAAGAAGAAAGAACUCUCGGAUUUGCAUACUCUUGCGAAAAACUACAAGUAUCAAAAUUGGGACGAGAUUGCCAAGGAAUUGGGUACGCAAAGAAGUGGCUAUCAAUGUUUCGUAAAAUACAACACGACGAAAAAGACGCAGAUCAAUGAAAGACCCUGGGCAAAAAAGGAAGACACCAAGCUCGUGCAUCUCGUAAACAAAUUCAAAAUCGGCGACUUCAUCAACUGGGGUGAUAUCGCAAGCUGCAUGGAGAACCGAACCAAACAGCAAAUCUACUUCCGCUGGAUGUACAGUCUCGCGCCUCAUCUUAAAAAGGGAAGAUUCACCGACGAGGAGGACAAACUUCUGAUAAAUGCGAUUGAAAAGUACGGGCCAAAUUUCAAAAAAAUAUCUGCCCUCGUCCUACCAACGAGGACUUCCGCCCAGCUCAGCGACCACUACAACACCAUUACAUCGAACAGGGGCGAAAAUGCCUGGACCGUUGAGCAAGACUCAAAACUUCUCGCAUUGUACGCCGAACAUGGAAAUGACUGGGCCAAGAUAGCAAGUUUAUUUGUCAACAAAGACCGAGUUCAACUGCGUCAUCGGUAUUCGGCUCUGAUUCGAUACAAAAAACGAGGAAUGUCGCUCGAUGACAUUCCGCGGGACAAUUCGCGGCAAAAAACCUUCCAAAAAAGUAUUGUUUUUCAAAAAAUACCGCGAAACAAUACCCAAAAUCUGUGUCAACUUCAGGGCGUCGACGAGGUGGACCGCGAAAUAAUAGACUACUUUCAGAAGUUCAAUACGCCCGCGGCGAAAGCCGGGCGCCGAAAGAAAUUCUAUCAAGACAGUGAGCUUCAAUCACUCAGCCGGAAAAUGCAUAAUCUUCUCGCAUUUUUAAAUGCCAAACUGAAUAUUCCCUACGACCUUGAGACCUACGACUCCCUCACAGAGAAGGACAAACAGCUGUUGCACUCGCUGAAGAAUCUUGCGCAUGAUGCAGCUCAUGGCGGUGCACCGUCGAGGAAGGCGGAACAGAUGAGAAUCGCUAUGUUUGGAUUUGGAGAGCAGGAGGGCGAUGGCCAGGAGGAGGAUGAGCACUUUAUACCGCCUUUGCCGUUUGGCGUGCGCGGGAGAAAAGAUCGAUUUGAUCAAGUGAUCAAUUACAGUCCGUUCAGUGAGGAGGAGCGUUUUCUUGAAGCUAGACAAAUGUACUUCGAAACGCCCUACAGCAUCAUCGAGGCAAUUGGCGAGGGUGUGAAUCAUGGAUUUGAUAAAUUGGGCAAACUGCUCGCGCAGCCAAACUACAAAUCCGAGAAGCAAAUUGUCAACAGCAUUUAUGUACUGACGCCUCGGCAAUUGGCGAUUCGUGAAUUGGCGAAUCCAAGACAAGUGGUGAGGAAUUUUCCGAAAGCAAGCACCUCCAGCACGAUGAAUUCGGAUGUCACGCUUCUCGGUACUUUUCAGAAUCACUUUGCGUGUAAAGUAUUCGAUGUGGAUGGUAUCCCGACGAUGAAACCAAAUUAUUGGACGUUGCUUGGUUAUCAGCAGAUUCUGAUUGCCAUGAAACAAAUGAAUCCGGAGAAUAAUGUGAUUGAUUGUGCGGAAUUUGGGAGUAAAAUACGAGAGAAGGGGAGAAUAGCGCUGGAAACGCUUAGAAUGCGUUUAGUGCAAUUAUUUAAGUAUCCUCUUAUUAUGUCACAAGUUUUGCCGCCGGAGUCUUUCCAAGCGGGAGACAUGUUUUUCCUGCAGCAAGGUAAGAGGAAACUUGAUGCCGGCAAGCAGUCGGGUGCGAAAAGAAAAAAAAGGAGAAAUUAAUUAAUUUUGAGUCUUCUAAUUUUAGGGGUCGUUGAUAGAACUUUAAUUAAAUUAAGAAUUUCAAUUUUUUUUGGUUUGACGUCUAGAAAAAGUAGAUUUGUUUUAGAAAGAACAUUGGACAGGUAUUGGGUAUGGUUAAACUGCGAUGCGCCACCUGGUGACAAAAAUUCGAACUAGAAAGAAUAGGCACGAUUUUAAAGAUAUGCAUUUUAAUUUGUU